AUGUCUUAUGGCUGCUCCUCGCCGCUCGGCCUCACUACCGGCGACGUCCUGGACUGGCAGAUCUCCGCCUCGUCGUCCUACCCGGCGACGUGGGACGCGGGCUGCCAGGUCAAGUACGCCCGCCUGCACCAGCCUAAUGGCCGGGCGUUGUGUGCCGGCAGGAGGGCCGCCGGCGAGUGGGUCCUCGUGAAUCUCGGUGUGCCGGCCAAGGUGACCGGCCUCCUAACGCAGGGCAAAGGGGACGACGAGGAGUGGGUGACGUCCUUCGAGCUUUCCUACUCCCUAGACGCCUACCACUGGCACUUCGCUCGAUACAUCUACAACAACAAAAAGGCGGACAGGUCAGGCCUUGAACUUAGCAUGGUGUCCCUCUUCAGAGCUUGGCCAUCUGGCACCCAGUUUUCACCAGCCUUCCAGGGCCUUACGCCACCCUUCGAUGCUGUCAUCGUAGCGGUAGCAGACUAUCUGACAGACCCAAUAAUCUGA